CAUUUCAUGCACAUGGGUUGUACACAUCCUUCUCCAGACAGGGCCAUGGAUUCGGUGAGGAAAUGGCGCUCUUAACAUUGAAGUUUCAUGCUCUAGACGGAUCAAAUACCCUCCAGAACUAGUGGAAGAGCUUCUCGAUUGGUUACAUGGCGAUCGGGAUACUCUUCUCUGUUGUUCGUUCGUUUCACAUCUCUGGUAUUCGAUGACUCGUCGUCGACUCUUCCAUACUAUCAAGCUUCGCCUUGAUCAGGACGACGAACGUUUGACUGAUUUCAUACUUUUCCUCGGCAUGCAUGAAACGAUACCAACGCAUAUCCGUACUCUCCAUCUCGACUCCUCAUGUAGCUCAACACACAGACGAAUACGACCCAUGAUUUCUUUGGAUAUUUUGGCCCGGCUUCUGCUCCACUUGCCGCAAUUGUCGGAAUUGGAGAUGACUCGGGUCAUGCUACAGCCCAGCCAGUCCUACGAUACUCUCCCAGUUGGAGCUUUCCAGCUAGACAAAUUAACAUUGUGUCUGCUCAAUGACAUACCAGCGUUUUCGGACCAUCCGGAUGCUAUUGGCUGGCUACAGUUCUUGUCCCUCUUUUCCAAGAUCAGACGCCUGAAUUCUUACAUGAACCGUCUAUUACCCACGAUGGGUGACACUCACAGGAAGUUCCUUCUUCAAUACGACCAACGUAUGGACUCCUUCCUUCACGUGCAGUCACUCACAAUACAAGGCCUUGUCCCUGCGUUUGUGGAUCGGGUCAUCAGUAACGCUCUCGCCACUGAUGCUGGUAUCCGACAUUUGCAUGUACAAACAUCGUGCGAUUUCUUGUCGCACCUUGAAUGUAUUGGACCGAUACUUUCAAAGUGUGGCCAACAUAUCCAAAGCCUGCGGAUAGAUGUCCGCGACAGUAUAAGUCCACCCAAGGGCGAACUCCAUAUGAGUGCAGUCAUGGCUCAAUGGGACUAUCUCCAGCUCCCGAAGUGUAUCGAUCUCAAGAUCCUGAACAUUGUCCUCUGUAUUUCGGAUGGCGAUUGUGUCACAGACAUGAGUCUUGAAGCAUGCAUGCAUAUCAUAACUCGCACUCCUCCCUCUCUUCGACGCCUCCGUAUCACCUUGAACGCUCUUCCUGUGGACCCCAUAUAUCCGCAAGAAAAGGUUUGCCCUAUUGUGCUAGGAUCCACUCGCCAUCCGGCCUUUUGGGGUUGUAUGGAACGUAUUCAAGCUACACUUCCUUCACUGGAAUCUGUAACAUUUGACAUGAUGCGGGACUCUUUUCGUCGCGAGGCAUUGCCAGAGGACGCCCGCAAGUCGAUCACAGAUAACCUGCCUUCUUUGCAUCAACGUAAUAUCUUGCAAACUUAAUUUCUAGCUGACACUCUAACAGAACCUUCGUCCCCGGAGAUGAUCUUCGUAUUGAACACCGACCUUUAGAACUUAAUCUAUUCAAGUCAUCCGCUUGCUUUUUACAGAACUCACCUCUCAAUACGUAUUAUCAGACUUCUUACUCCAGGAUCGGCUUUCAGUAACUAAUCUCCUAUCAUAUAUUGGCCCGUUAGACGUACUAUAUAGAAGCUAUAAUUGUACUCUAGGCUUCGUGUAGGCCUUUCAAUUGCACUAAUCACAACGAUAAUUCUUACUGGAUCAC